UCUAAAAGGCUCUCAUCCAGUGGCUGCAGGUUGAAACGCAGAGCGGAUUUCACCUCCAAAGAAGAUGGCUCCCGCUUUGCUGCUUCUCAGCCUUGCGGCUGUAUUUACAACCGUAGCUCCUGCAAAAGUUUGCGGCCGGCCUCGUGUCUCUGAUGGCGUUGAUGUUUCCUCCAUGAAGCGCGUGUUUGAGAUCGGAGAAGACGUGACCCUCUCGUGCGAGCAGGGCUACUCGCCUUCAACGGCGACGCCUCCCAGGAUAACCUGCACGGCGACAGGGGAAUGGACGCCGGCCAACCUGGCAUGUUCCCCCAGGAUGUGCCAGAUACCCAGGCCUUUGCAGCCAUUUGCAAAAGGCAGGACAGAGGCUCCUUUUAAGAGUGUGCUCAACUUCUCAUGUGAUGAUGGGUACGUCAUGGUAGGAGCUAAUGAAAGCAGGUGCUUACACGAUGGCACCUGGAGUCAUCCGCCUCCUCUCUGCAAAGGCGUGAACUGUCCUCUGCCCAAGCCACCCAGAGAGGGAAGGAUUGUCCAUGACAAGGCCGUCACGGGAACGUCUACAAUUUAUGGACAAGGCUGGACGUACGAGUGCAACCCACCCAAAGCACCGAGUUACGAGAGAGGCUCCUGCAUGGCCGAUGGCUCCGCAACCGAACCUCCGGUUUGCCGAGAUGUGAGCUGCUCCAUCCCGCCACGCAUAGCAAAUGGCGUCAUCACAUUCGCCGUGAUGAGGCAACACAGUUACAAGGAGAAGGUUAAGUAUUCCUGCCUUGAGCCUUAUACCCUGGAAGGUGAGGCUGAGAUCCAGUGCCAAAACACUGGAAACUGGUCAUCAAAGCCAGUCUGCAGGGCUCCCUGCGAAGUUGGCAUCAAAAGAGGGCGCAUCUUCUACAAUGGCAGAAAGAUCUGGAUUGAAGACCUGAGGCCAAACAGAGUGCUCCAUGGCGAGCAUGUUGCCUUCUAUUGUAAGAACAAAGCUGAAAAGUGUGGCUACCCCGUGGCCAGCACCUGUAACGACGGAAACCUCCCCAUCCCGGACUGCUAUGAACAACCGGGCAAAAUCGAGUACAACCUAAGGUCUAAAAACCUUCCGUCAGAAAUCAGAAUGUGCGUGGCACCACCCACCGCAAACCCAACAAGCCCCCCAAACCCUGCGUGAGCAACUUACGGCGCCAUGAACUGGGGAAGACAUGGGCCGCCUUCUUGAUGUUCCUGCUUUGGUUUUCUGUUCAUUUAUACUGGCAAUAAAUAAAUAAAUGCAAGAUCAUUAAAACAAA